GCCCCCAUAAUUGUGCAACUUCCUCAACUCUUCCUCUUCUAUCCUUAUUAUUUAUUAAUACAAUCCACUGACUUCAAAUAGAGAAGUAGUAAUACGAAUUAGCUGAUAAGGUUAAAAACAAGCUGCCUGAGUUCACUGCUCCCGAACGUCUCGCUAAGUCUCCUGAGUUUGAUGUAAUUAUGGUUGAAUUUUAUAUAUUGGUCGCACGCAGUUUUCAGUUUUAAUACUUCGCAAUUAGUGGAAGAAUUUUUUAAUAUUAAUUAACUGAAGUAUUACAGUGUGCAAGUUAAUAUUUUGAGACUGUACUAUUUUAAUUUUCAUUGAACUAUUUGGUUAAACAAGUACUAUCUUUUUAUCAUCAUGAAAACACGUGGUAUACGUAACAGACAACUACCAUUCAUUAAUGUAUCUCAAGAGCCGACAACACAGGUUAAGGAAUUUACAGUGCGACGAUCUCCUAGGAAUCUUCCCGCGCAUUUAGUAGAAAGAAAUGAUGAAAAGCCAAUUAUAGAAAGAGAGCCCGAUAUCUCUCUUCUGUCACCUAUUGUAUUUAAGGGCCAUAUAAAUUAUACAAAUGAUUUUAAUACUUGUGCUAUGAUUUGUGAUAACAUUAUAACAGAAAUAGAAAGACAAGAUAAUGACAUAGUACCAAUAGGAUUUGAUUUAGAAUGGCCUUUUAGUUUUCAAACUGGAAGUGGAAAAACUGCUUUAGCUCAAAUUUGUCUUAGUGAUACUGUUUGUCAUUUGCUGCAUAUAUAUUCAUUAAAAACAUUACCUGCUGCAUUUGUAGUACUUUUAAGUCAUCCAAAGAUAAAACUGGUUGGAGUAAAUAUUAAGAAUGAUGUUUGGAAAUUAGGCAGGGAUUUUAAGGAAUUCCCAGCCGAAAAGGUUGUAGAAAAUAAUUGUAUGGAUAGUGGCACGUUUGCAAACAGAACAUUUAACAGAUCUUGUCGUUGGAGUUUAGAAAAAUUAACAGCAUAUUUGUUAAAGAAAAAGAUUGAUAAAAAUCGCAAAGUUAGAAUGAGUCAAUGGCAUAUACAUCCCUUAAGUAAAGAUCAGAAAAUUUAUGCUGCAACUGAUGCUUAUGUCUCAUGGCUGUUACAUAAGGUCAUACAGGAUAAAGCCAAUGCAAUAAAUAAUGAAGAGAAUCUUAAGCAUGUUGACAAUGUCGAAGUUCAUUAAGUAUGUGAAAAUAUAAUAUGGUGUUUGACGAUUUUAACACUAAGGACAUUUCACUAUAGUACCGUUAUGUCUUCUAAAUCAGUGAAAGUUUUGUGGGCUGGUAGUCUAAAUUACAUUGCUGGUCUAAAAUUACAGAAAAUAUUAUUU